GCGCGGCUUCCUGGUCUCUGGGAGCGGCGUGUUCCCCACCCCCAAGCUUGGGGCUUCCCGGCUUGGAGCGACGCGGGUGGUGCCGGAGCCGCGACCUCCGGACCUCCCUCUUCUCCACCAUGGCCGAGCGCGGGGAGCUCGACUUGACCGGCGCCAAACAAAACACGGGAGUGUGGCUUGUGAAGGUUCCUAAGUACUUGUCUCAGCAGUGGGCCAAAGCUUCAGGAAGAGGAGAAGUAGGAAAGCUGAGAAUUGCAAAGAAUCAAGGAAGGACUGAGGUAUCUUUUACUUUGAAUGAGGAGCUUGCAAAUAUCCGUGAUAUUGGUGGAAAACCUGCUUCUGUCAGUGCUCCCAGAGAACAUCCAUUUCUCUUGCAAAGCGUGGGAGGACAGACAUUAACAGUCUUUACAGAGAGCUCAUCAGAAGGCCAGCCUGAAGAAAAUUCUGAGAGCAGUAAUAAUGAUAAACUUUCAUUGGAAGGAAUAGUGGUACAGCGUGCUGAAUGCAGACCUGCUGCCAGUGAAAACUAUAUGAGAUUGAAGAGGUUACAGAUAGAAGAAUCUUCAAAACCUGUAAGAUUAUCCCAACAGCUGGAGAAAGCUGUUACAACCAAUUUUAAACCAGUGGCUAAUCAUCAAUACAAUAUUGAAUAUGAGAAGAAAAAGAAAGAAGAUGGGAAGCGAGCUAGAGCAGAUAAGCAACAGGUUUUGGACAUGCUGUUUUCAGCUUUUGAAAAACACCAGUAUUACAACAUUAAGGACUUAGUGGACAUCACCAAGCAGCCUGUGCUUUAUGAAGCACAGGUCUAUCCGAUAAAGAAGGCUACAUCGAUUUGGAAUUCUUAUCAGCUGCCAUUUUAUUGGACAUCUGCAAAGCGGCCCAUACAUUGAAUUGAAUGUGUAGCUGCGUGUUCUUUAGUACCAAACUCAGUCAUCAUCCUUCAUCUCUUCCACAAGUAACUGUGGAAAUGAAAACCACAACCAGGCAGCAGCCACCUGUGUUGGAACAGAGACCUCAGCUCAGUACAGGAAAUGCAGUUUGGGAAGAUAAGUGUUAUUUUGGAAUUCAUCAGCCCGGGCUAACUGUGUGUGGGCAACAGAAUUGAAACAAGCUAAACAUCCAUGCUUUCUGGCUAUUAACAGUUCGCUUCCUGAGAGGAAAAAAAAGAAAAUAUAGAUUGCUUUUCAUUGGUGGCUACAUCAUUCAAAAAAUGUUUUUUAAUAUAACUGUAACCUUUGCAAAAACAUUGGUGUAAGAUCUAUGAAUAAAAACCAAGUUGAAUAGCAUUUUUACUUUAUGUAAGAAGUAUGAGAGCUUAGGUUUCAACUUAAAGGUAAAUUCAUUCUCUGGGGUAUAUUAAUUACCCUCUUCAAACUCAAAUAUAUUCCUUAUGCAAAGCCUCCCACAGAUAUGGCUAGAUCCUUUCCAGACAUCAGUCCAUCAUUUGGUUUGGAACAUCCAUACAGAAAAGGAUGGUUGAAAGGUUGCAAGAAAUGGCAGCAGUGGGGGAGGGACAGGAAGAAUCAGAAACAGUAGGCUGCUCUGCCGUGUGAUUCUACAUCUCUUGGCUCAAGCUUGGGAAAAGGUAGGAUGGAGAGUCAUGGCUGGGGUAGAGGACCUCUAAAUUUUUACCUUGAAACCACAAUUUUUUUUCCUUGCACAAAUGCCAGUGGUUUCCUAGUCCUUUAGCCUAUCGGGGUCACACACAUGACUUGCUUUUCUCUCCCACGAACCUGUAGGGCUUUCUUUCCCGAAUUCAGUCUAGCUGUAAACACUCCCACACAGCUCUUUGGGGAAGAGUUGCUGGACCUGAGCCAGGUGAUUGCUUCAGAUCUUGUACUGCAGAGCAGCACAGUCUGUAGUGAGAAAUCUCCCCAGUCUUUUGUGAUAUAAAGUUGAUUGACUUAGGGGCAGAUUUCUUUCUUAAAAAUAUAAUAGAAGGCAGAAAAACAGAAGAAAUAGAUUCCAGAACUCAGAAUUUGGAAGAGCCCUCACUCCCUAUACUAAAUACCCUGAAUGUUCUCUCUACACAUAAUCACCAUGCCCUUAUGCAGUCGGAGGGUCACUCUCCAAAAUUAAGUGGCAUUUAUCCAGCAUCGUUAUCCCUUAAGAACUGGCUUGACUCAGUAACAAAAAAAAAGAGAGACUUUUGUUUGUGAUCCUAUUAGAGCUUUAUAAGUCUCCUUCAUAUCCUUUUCUGUUGCCUGCAGUUUCUACCUGAAUAAUUUACAGACUUAGUACCAAAGUAACCUAGUCACAUACAGGAAGACUGAAUUAACUGAAUUAAUACCACAGUAUAUUCCUCACCCUAUGGACCACAGCCUUACAAGGGUAUCAGUAAUGUGUUGGGGAGCUCUGCGUAGCCAGUAGCUAGGAGGUGGUAGCAUUGGCUCCUUCUCCUCAUACCUGGUCUCAGUCCUAUUACUGUAAUAUUCUCUUCUUAACUGCUGUGCCUAACCAGCCUUCCCCCAGUCUCCUUUAUCACUGCAUGCACAUGAACUCUGCCUGGGGCUCUUUCUUUGAGUGCUUUGAGUUCCUAGGGUACUGCCUCCAGACAUGACUUUUUUCCUCAACCCAUCUUCUGCCUGUUUCCUCAGUGUUUAUAUUACCUGGUCAAGGUCAUAGAAUAUUAGGGCUAGAAGUGACCUUAGAGAUCAUUUAGGCCCAUCAUUUUAACAAAUGUUGAAUGGGGAACCAUGGACAGAUUAACUGACUUGGGUCGAGCAGAGCUGCUCCCCAUCAGCUAAUAGAUUUGAGAACAAACAGAUAAGCCUUGCAUAGAAAUCAGUUUGUCAUGUCCAGACAUUGACUUCUGAACUCCUAGGAGAUGUCCUCUAAAAGUGGCACUUUGUUAUGCUUACAUUAUUUUAUUAGCCUUCUAAUAUUUCUCCAUACCUCCAUUUUUUCCCCCUUUAUGACCUAUAUUACACUGUGCUGACAGACCUAUCUUCCCUACCCACAAAUCAGGGUAUGUCAGUCUUACUCAGAGCCUUUUAGCAGUUCCCCAUUACUUAGCAAGUGAAAUUCAAGCUUCUUAGCCUACAAGGUCUUCCCCAACAUGGUGCUGCUCUCUCUUUCCUGUCUUGCUUCAUUAUUAUUCCUCUCUACAUACACUGUGCUCUGUGCACUUCUCCUUCCCUACACCUUAUGCUUUUCCACCUCUGUACCUCACAUUGUCUCCCAGUGCCUGAAAUGCCCUCCCCUUCAACUUUUCUCACUUCCCUCCACCUGUCCUUUAAAGCCCAACUCUCCCCAGCCUUCCAGUUAGGUUACUUCCUAUAACACUUUUUACCUUUCUUACACACUCAUUGUGUUUUGUUUUAUAUUAGGGACUUGGUUUAUCUGAACUUUGUACCUCACCCAGCAUCUAACAGUGCUCAGCACUUAGUAGGUGCUUAAUAAAGGUUGAGUCAGUGUGAGAGAAUUUAUAAAUGGUUCAUUGCAACCUCCAAAUCUCCAUUAAAGGGGAAAGAAUUCAAAGUUCAUGCUAUACUGACUUGCUGUCAUUGCUCUUGUCUUCAUGUGAAAGAAACAUGGGCUGCUUAUAUCCUUAUACCUAGCCAACAAAGCAGAAGGGGGAGGGAGAAGAGAUAACAGAAAAACAACCCCUCCCCCCAGAAUAUCAGAUGUAUAAGGGGCUUAGUGUGUGUGUGUGUGUGUGUGUGUGUGUGUGUGUGUGUGUGUGUGUGUUUGCCUAUUUCUCACCAGCUAAUAUCUCACACCAGCUUUGUGUUUUCUAUAACAAGUUUGUGUCUCAGAACUAUAUUUGCUGCUAUUAAGCAAAGAAGCCUUGGGCUGGAAGUGAAGCCCCAUGCUGGGAGGUCUUUUCAGUUUACCUUCUUUCAGUCCCCCUUUUUUUUUGACCUUCAGCUUCUAAGAGGCAAACCACUAUUUUACAGGUACUUUUCAUGGAUUUAGUUAACUCACUGAAACUGACCCAAUAAAUCACUAUAUUGGUCAUUUUAUACCUAGACUGCAAAUAAUUUGUGCCUAACUCAUAGUUUUUGUGUUUAUGAUUCCUUUUCCAUUAGUUCUUGAUGUGUACGCCUUUUAAAAAAUGUAAUUUGUUGAAGUAAUAGGCAGUUGACAUGUUUGUCAUCGGAGCAGUUGAGAAGCAUGCAUGUGUGCACGUUCAGAAAGGUCCCUUGUUGACCCUCCAGCAGAUGUUUGGGGAGGGCGUUGCGGGGUCACUGGGAGACCACAGCCCCAGUGCUCAUUUGAUCCCCUGCUGCCACCUGCUGGGCUUGGACUGGGAGUGCUUUACAGGACCAAGAGCCUUUUAAACCACCAGUUUUGUUUUGCUUUCAAAAAACAGUUAGCCUUUGAUGGGGAUGCUGCAAAUUAUGGGAAGGACAAGUUAAAAGCGUUCCCCAUUAAAUGUGGAGUCUCAUACCUUGAUUGUGUAUCUCAGUGAGCUAAGCAAUGACUCGGGGAACUCAGAAUCCUAGGGCUUCAGAGAUAGAAGAGGCUGUCUGUGAAGAUCCCUCAGCCCAGAGAGUCAGAACUUUUUCCUUCUCAGCCCCUUCUCAGAAUAAUGUUUUUAAAUGCAUAAGACACAAUGCAAAGAAUUACAAAGGAAACCAGUUUUUUUAUCCAAGUUUGCAGGUCCCAGGUUAUAAAAUCUUGAUCUAGACCAAAGGCUUUGCUUUAACCAAGACGGAACUGAGCUUCCACAAAACCAGCUGACUCAUCCAUCACACAAUUAGUGCAAAGCCAGUUAUAAAAUUUCUGUGAUUUUUCUCAAAAGCUCAGUCUUCUCCUAUCAGAAUAAGGUCAGUUUUCUAAAAGAAUUUUUCUAUCUCUCAUCUCUAUCUCACCCCCCAAAAAAUUAACAUUUAGAAAGCAGCAGGGGAGGUUUGUUGAUGUUCCUGGUAUUUUCCCUUGAUGUCCCAAAAGUCAGAAAAAGACAGCACUCAAGGGCCCCAGAAGCCAGAGCUCCUCUUUCUAACUGGUCAGUGGAAUUUUGGAGUAAUAACUAGAAAUUAUGACUGAUUUUCCCCUAAAGGGGAAGUGAUUAAAUUAACAUUGGUCAACUUAUAACAUGCGGCUCCUUUCCUAGUCUGUUGGCAGGGAUGCAAUUAUUUACACACUGGAGCAGCAUAAUAUUGAGUUGUGCACUAUAGUAGAAUAAUCCCAGGGCUUUGGGUCCUUUUUUUCUCCUUUUAGGUAACCUCAUUUACUUUUCUGUUGGUGAGGAAGAAUUUGUACAGCACUGCAUGCCCCCUUGACACAUUAACUCCUUCAGACCAUGCAGAGCAGACUACAGUGUGUUUUGAAGCACUUUACUGUCACUACUGAAUUUUCCCUGAUGUCCUCGCAGUCUUGUCCAGUGUCUCUUCCAUCACCCAGGGGUAAUGGAGAACGUGAUUAGCUAGCCACGCAGUCCCCUGUGCCUGGCAAGCUUAGAGGUCCAGAUUUCCUGAUUCUGGCAUUUUUUCCUCCUCAGCACCUAUAACCACUGUACUAACUGGUUACUCCAUAGUAAUGAUCCUUUCUCACCCUCUCCUGGACCGUUGAGGCCAGUCUACAGCCUCCAGCAUUGUAACUUCAUGCAGAACUCCAUGAUUUACUCCCAGGGUUGGCAGAGAUGAAUUAUUACUACUACUACUGUUAUUAAUGAGGUAUCAUAAUAAUAAUAAACAUUGAACACCAGUAAUUUGCUAGGUAUUCCUGUAUUUUCAUCUAGAAAAAUCACCUCUGCUUUAAAUUUGGUGGCAUGCAUAGAUUUCCAGCCUCUUGUGAAUUCAAAUACAUGGUAAUUGUAUGUGUGAUAUGACUAAUAGUAUAGUGUCAGAAGCCAACAUAGCAGAAUUCUUUAACUGUAGUCAAGAAAUCCCACUGAGAGUGUGACAUUUGUCAGGUCGUAAUUUUUGUUUCACAGAAGUCUGCUUUGGCAAACAAAUAAUUGUGUUUUAAGCAAAGUAUAGUGAUUGCUUUUAUAAUCUAAUCUGUUGUGGUUUCUUUUUUUCUUCUUCUUC